UCACUUGCUCCUUUUUUCCUCUCUCUCUAUCAUGUGCUUCUCUUCUCUCUCUCUUUUCCUUUUCAGCUUUUGUGGGCAUGAAAAAAACUAUCCUUUUGCAAGUCAAGCAUGCAGAUAAGCAAGAAAAGCCCUCUCAUCUAGGUUUUCUUUCAUUUCCAUUUUUCUAUCCUAUUCCCUUGUAGAGAGAGAAAGCAAAAAGCUCUAUUAUUGUUGGUGUUGUGUAGAAGAGGAUAUCAGAAAGAGAGAGGGAUAGAGAAGGAAGAGCAAGGCUUGCUUUCUUUCUCUUUCUUUCUCUUGCUACAGUGAGAGGCAGUUUUGAGACAUUUGGAUUUUAGGCCUUCUGUCUCCUCUCCCUCUCCAUUUUUCAUUUCUUCCUUUUCCUAGUUAAUAUAUAACCUAGUAAGAACGUAAAGAAGAAUUAAUGAAUUUUGGGGAUUUUCUUGAUAACAAUUCUUGUGGUGGUGGGAGUGCAAGAAUUGCGGCAGAUUUGCCUUACACCGCCGCCACCAUGGCCGCGGCCGAGAUUGCUCCGCCGCGCCUCGUCUCUCAUCACGAGCCUGUCUUCAACUCCCCCGGCCUCUCCCUCGCCCUCCAAACCGGAAUCGAAGGGCAGGAAAUGGGGAGAAUGACGGAGAAGUACGAAUCGAGCAAUGUGGUUGGAGGAAGACGAAGCAGAGACGAAGAGCACGAGAGCAGAUCUGGCAGCGAUAACAUGGAUGCCGCAUCUGGAGACGAUCUCGAGGUCUCCGGCCGCCCCCCGAGGAAGAAGCGAUACCACCGACACACCCCUCAGCAAAUCCAAGAGCUCGAAUCUUUGUUCAAGGAGUGCCCUCACCCCGACGAAAAGCAACGGUUAGAGCUCAGCAAACGCCUUUGCUUGGAAACGAGGCAGGUCAAAUUCUGGUUCCAGAAUCGACGAACUCAGAUGAAGACGCAGCUGGAGCGGCACGAGAAUUCAAUUCUGCGGCAGGAAAACGACAAGCUCCGAGCCGAGAACAUGUCGAUCAGAGACGCAAUGCGAAAUCCGAUGUGCACAAACUGCGGCGGCCCCGCCUUGAUCGGCGACGUCUCCCUCGAAGAGCAGCACCUCCGAAUCGAGAACGCCAGACUUAAAGACGAGCUAGAUCGCGUCUGCGCCCUCGCCGGUAAGUUCCUCGGCCGCCCUAUCCCUGCCAUGGGCCCUAAUUCAGGCCUCGAGCUCGGAGUCGGAAUCAACGGAUUCGGUGCCCUAUCCGCCGUCGUCCCCAACGAUUACGCCGCCCCUCUCCCGAUCAUGUCCCCGUCCAAAUCCACCAUCAACAAGUCCAAUCCGAUGGAGAGAUCCAUGUAUCUGGAACUCGCCUUGGCCGCCAUGGACGAGCUCGUGAAAAUCGCACAGACCAACGAGCCGCUCUGGGUUAGAGGCAUGGAAGGCGGAAGACAAGUCCUGAAUCGUGAGGAAUAUUCUAGAAGCUUCACUCCGUGCAUCGGAAUGAAGCCGAAGGGAUUCGCAGCCGAGGCUUCGCGCGAGACCGGUGUAGUGAUCAUCAACAGUUUAGCUCUGGUGGAGACGUUGAUGGACUCGAGUAAAUGGGCGGAGAUGUUUCCUUCCAUAGUCGCAAGAGCCACAACUACAGAUGUGAUAUCAAACGGCAUGGGCGGAACAAGAAACGGCGCUCUUCAACUGAUGCAUGCGGAGCUGCAAGUCCUAUCGCCGCUAGUUCCGGUGAGGGAGGUGAAUUUCCUCCGCUUCUGCAAGCAGCACGCGGAGGGUGUGUGGGCCGUGGUCGACGUCUCUAUAGAUGCCAUCCGGGAGCCCUCCGCGCCCUACCCAAGCUGCCGGAGGCUCCCCUCCGGCUGCGUCGUACAAGAUAUGCCUAAUGGUUGUUCUAAGGUUACAUGGGUGGAGCAUUGUGAGUACGACGAAAGUGAAGUCCACGAAAUGUACCGGCCGAUGAUCAACGCCGGCAUGGGGUUCGGAUCGCAACGAUGGAUAGCAACGCUCCAACGUCAAUGCGAGUGCCUUGCUAUCAUAAUGUCGUCUUCCUCUCCUUCAAGAGAUCACACAGCGAUCACGGCAGGGGGGCGGAGGAGCAUGCUGAAGCUUGCGCAGCGCAUGACCAACAACUUCUGCGCCGGCGUGUGCGCUUCCACCCUCCACAAGUGGAAUAAGCUGCGGGCCGAGAACGUGGACGAGGACGUGCGCGUGAUGACGCGCAAGAGCGUGGACGACCCUGGGGAGCCACCCGGUGUGGUGCUCAGCGCAGCCACCUCCGUGUGGCUCCCCGUGUCCCCGCAGAGGCUGUUCCACUUCCUCCGCAACGAGCACUUGCGGAGCGAGUGGGACAUCCUCUCCAACGGUGGGCCCAUGCAGGAGAUGGCCCACAUCGCCAAAGGCCAGGAUCACGGCAAUUGCGUUUCCCUUCUCCGUGCGAGUGCCAUUAACUCCAACCAGAGCAGCAUGCUCAUACUACAGGAGACAUGCACAGACGCGUCGGGGUCGCUUGUGGUCUACGCGCCAGUCGAUAUUCCCGCGAUGCACGUGGUCAUGAACGGAGGCGACUCCGCCUACGUGGCGCUCCUGCCGUCGGGCUUCGCGGUGGUGCCCGACGGCGGGUCGGGCCAGCGGGUGAGCGGGUCGCUCUUGACCGUGGCGUUCCAGAUAUUGGUGAAUAGCUUGCCUACGGCGAAGCUCACGGUGGAGUCGGUGGAAACCGUCAAUAAUCUCAUCUCCUGCACCGUUCAGAAAAUCAAGGGCGCUCUUCAGUGUGAGAGCUGAUCGAUCUUCAUCAUGCAUUGUGUUGGAAUAGAAGAUGAAACGGUGUUUUCAAUUAGGGUUUGGAUUUGAUUUGGGGAUUUUUGUUAGUGUUAAUUUGUGAUGAGAUGUUUGAGGUAUAAUUGUGUGUGGCCAUAUACGGGGUGGUGAGUCAAGAACGAACCGCGUACGUGGCGGAACAACGCUUGUAUGGUGGUGGAGCUGCCGUGGGAUGGCGGUGGUUCGGGUAUUGACUCAGGUGUACCCUUGAGUUGGCUGUGACAUAUCACUAUUUGCAUCUUGUAAUAGCUUCUGAUUUUUUUUGGAAUAUUGAAUGAUCACAUAAUUACUUUUGUUGCUCA